AUGACAGAUCCAAGACCGAUUUCACUAUUCCCCCAAGAUAAAGAUGGCCCUCACCUGCAUACCCAGAUCCAUAGCGUAGAGAAGAACACCAAGAAACCCGUCACGAAAAAGGCCGUGGUCAGAAGAAGGAAAAACACACAUAUUGCAUGUGUCAAUUGUUCCAAAUGGCAUCUAUCAUGUGAAGCAAGCCGACCUUGUCACAGAUGUGUUUCCAAAAAUAUUGCUGAUACAUGUAUCGAUGUCCCCCGGAAGAGAACUAAAUACUUGGACGGUAUUUCCGAUGCCCAAUGGAAACAUUCUCUUGCACCUAAUAAUAAUAAUAAUAAUAAUAAUACUGUUGUUUCCAAACCUGUCAUGUCUAUUGCAAGAAGAGGCAUUGCCACCUCUCCUUCAAAUCCAAGACAAGACUUUAUCCCAGCAGGCUCUCCCAAUACAAAUCAGCAUUCACCAAAGGAAAAGACUCCAUCAAUAUCUCCCUCCUAUGAUAUGUCCAGCAAUUAUAAUAGCCCCAGCGAAAGUGCUAACGCCCCCACGUUUGCAUAUCCAUCACAAUUUCAAAAUGUUUAUAAAAAUUUACUGGGCCCAAAUUCGGAUGAGAUCAUCAAUUCAGGUGCAAACUUAUUCAUGGACCAUUUCCCUUUGGUCCCCGUACAAUCCACAAACCACUCGUUAGAUUUUAAAAGAUACUCUGAUGUAUCAACACCUUCAAGCGAUUCCCCGCUUCCCGAUUCACCAAACACCUCUUCUUUCAGAUAUGAUGCUGCCACAAACCAAUAUUAUUUAAAUAACACCAAUAAGGCAUAUCCUGAAAUCAUCCCUAUUAUCCAAGCCAAACAUCCUCCUGUCUAUAAAGACCCCUCCACUUCCAAUUUGGUCGAUAAACCCGGGUUUAAUGCAUCUUUAGUAUUAGCAGCAUCUUUCCCCCACAAUAACAAAAAUUUUACAAAUUCAAAUUUCAUAAAGAGUAAUAGUCAUUGGGAACAUUCCUUAAGAUAUUCCAAACCAAUGGAUAUUUAUACAAAGAUCGACCAACCCUUCUCUCAUACUCGUGGUUUUCAUUAUUUGUUGUCCUAUAUUAAAAAGAGGUUCCCCAGAGAUGACGUCGUCUCCAUGUGUAGAUCUCUUGCCGAAUUCAGACCGGUAUUUCUCGAGUCUGCCGUCACUCUGACUGAAGAAGAUAUGAUCUUUGUGGAACAAAGUUAUCAAAGAACAUUAUUAGAAUAUACCAAGCAUAUUUCGAAAGUUGGUGUCCCCACAUGCAUUUGGAGAAGAAAUGGUCAAAUAUCAUACAUGAACGAAGAGUUUGAAAUCUUAACAGGUUGGACAAGAAAGGAAUUGUUGAACAAGAUGACUUUUAUUGUUGAGAUCAUGGAUGACGAUAGUGUGAGAUCAUAUUUUAAGACUUUUUCCACCAUUGCUUACAAAGAUUUUAAGGGCUGCGAACAAAUGAAGACUUGUCGGUUGAUAACACCAAUAAAGGGCCAAGUCAUUGCCUGUGAAUGUAUAUGGACUUUGAAAAGAGAUUUUGCCGGAUUGCCGUUGAUGAUCAUUGCAAACUUCAUGCCCACUUUCCAAUUACAACAUACACCUUGA